AGAUCAGACGGGAAGACCUGAUUCCUCUGGACAUGAUCUUGCGCCUUUGAAGGGCUUCCUUCCCUGAGCCCAAAGUAUCUAGGUAAAGAUUCUUUCUGCAAGGAGGUCCAGACUCCGUUCUCUUGGGUCCCAGGCAAGAAGCACCAACGGAAUCAUUUGUACCAUCAAAAGAUGCUGGUUUGUAGAAUCUUCACCUUGCUGGUUGCCUGCCUUAGCAUCAUCUGUCUGUUGAUAGCACUGGUUACUGACUACUGGCUGGUGGCCUACGGAGCAAAGGACAUAUCCUACAAUGGACUCUGGAAGACAUGCGUAGCAGGACGUUGCUUUGCACCCGCUGUGCCCGAUGGUUACAUUGUGGCCACACGUGUGCUGCUGAUCUUGGCUUCCCUGGCAGCGUUGGCAUCCACGGUUUGUCUUGUCGCCUCGUUCACACAGUGCACCCCCCACAGCAUGCAUGGACCCUUAAUCGCUUCAAUUACUGCAUUUGUGGCUGGAUCCUGCACUCUCAUUGCCGUUACUGUGUACACAGCUGAAUCCUGGGAAAACAACAAUGCUAGUAUCCAGCGCACUUAUGAAUGGUCCUUCUACUUAGCAUGGACAACAUUUCCCUCUCUUCUAUUGACUGGGAUAUUCAGCCUUGUCCUGUACAGGCGCUCACCUGCUUCUGGCUACGAGACUGUGUGAGCACUCACAAUCAAAAGACGAGAAACUUGGCAACACAGACAACAGACAAAAGCAAAAGUCAUUCCCUAUCUCUUCCCGGCUCUGGAAGCACCUUUGAUGCUAGCUCAUUUUUAUCCUGCCCGUCCUUCCAAGAAGGCCUGCUGAGAACCAGUGUGGGCUCUCACCUGUAUUCCCUCCCAUGCUACUGAGAUCCAAACAUCAUUGGAAAGCAAACCAAUUCCCAGCGUGCCCAAGGUGACCAUAGCACCUGGAACGUCGUUUCCUUCUUGAGGACCCCCCAACCAAGGAAAUUAAUGCAAUAAACACAGUUCUCCUUA